UGCUGAGGAGGCAGGAUGGGGAAGACGGUGAGGGAUCACCUCGUGGACACCCUAGAAGAGCUGACACAGGACGGGUUUAAGAGGUUCAAGACCAAGCUGAACGUGUUCCCAGUGAAGGCGGGUUAUAGCAACAUCCCCCGGGGCCAGCUGGAAAAAGCGGAUGUCCUGGAUGUGUGCGACAAGCUGAUCAGCUUCUAUCUGGAGAAGUAUGCGGUGGAGGUGACCGUGGAGGUCCUGACAGCUAUCAAUGAAAGGGAGCUGGCAGACAGACUCCGCAAGGCGACAGGGACUGGUUCCGGUGGCGAGGGGCAUCAGCCAGGGCCAUCUGACGGUGCCACAGGAAAAGAAGUUUCCGGUGGCAAGGGGCAGAAGCCAGGGCCAUCCGAUGGUGCCACAGGAAAAGAAGAGGCGCAUUUUGUCGAUCGAUACCGAGUGCAGCUGAUUGAACGUACCGCCCCUGUGGAGCCCAUCCUGGACCUUCUUCAUGGGGAUAUUCUGGACGAGGAGCAGUACCAGACCAUUCGAUCUGGGAACACCAACCAGGAGAAAAUGCGGAAGCUGUAUCUACUAAUGCCAAGCUGGAAUAAAAAGUGCAAGGACCGGCUCUAUGAGGCACUGAAAGCCAAGAAUAAGUUCCUCAUUGAAGACCUUGAGGGAAAUUAAGACAAUCAAGAAGUUACGUUCCUUGUGAACGUGCAGCCAUUCCAGGUGCAUGCAACCCUAGCUCCAGAUUCCACGUGGCUUUCUGGGCAGGAUGGUGCUUUCAUCCCUUUGCUAACAUUGUUUCAGGUAAAAAACCUCUUUCCAGCGCUCCCUUUGGUGGAAUGGGUGAGCCUGUGAUGUGAUGCAGCAGGGAGGAGGUCGCUAAGGACUGUCUACACUGCAACUAAACACCGCUGCGGCUGGCCCGUGUCAGCUGACGCAGACUCACGAGGCUCAGGCGAAGGAGCGGUUUAAUUGCAGCGUAGAUGUGCGGGCUUGGGCUGGAGCCUGGGCUCUGGGACCCUCCCUCCUCAUGGGGUCCCAGAACUCAGGCUCCAACAUGAGCCCCAACAUCUACAAACAAUUAAACAGCCCCUGAGCCCGAGUCAGGUGACAUGGGCCAACCGCGAGUUUAAUUGCAGUGUAGACAUCCGUUGUUGGCUUUAGGGUAAGUACAUGAUGGAUGGGAUACCAGUAAGAGAAUGGAGCAGAGCUCUAAGGUGCUUAAAGGCUGCACGGGGAUUGCUUGCCAGGGUCUGAAAUGGGGGGACCACUCAGCAGCUCUGCACAGGGAUCACUCACCCAAUGCUGAAACGCAUCCACCUCUGGGGUGCAGCAUGGCAGCGGAUUAACAAAUGCACAGCAAUGCCGUACAGGGAUCACUCAUCUAUGCCUGAAAUGCAGCUGCCUCUGGGGGAGGGUUAUAUGCCCUGGGUUUUAUGAGACCAUGACACCGUAGUGAAACAAACAUCUUACAACAAAUGGUGUGAGGCUAGGUGGACAAUGAGGAGUUGUACUCUAGCAUGGUGGGGCACAAACUGCGGGGCACACCUCCCUAGGGGGGGCACGGAGGAACAUGCGGGCAGAUGAGUAGCGACACCGGGUGGCUUCUGUCGCCUCCAUCCCCGAAUCAUCUCAGCAGGCCGCCCAGCCUGGGGUCAGUGUGCUGCACCAAUUUCCACCCCCAGCAGCCUCCGCCCCCAGCACUGGUUCCGCUGCAGACACCUUCCCCAACACUGGGCCCUGCCCUACCAGGGCAGCCUGGUUGCAACGUAGAAGCAGCCCGCGGCUGAGGAAGCUGCGCACCACUGCUCUAGUAUCUACAACUGCUGGAACUCCCACCAGCGUCCCAGCCAUCAUGCACGGCCACACGUUCCUUUAGCGCCCACCCCGGCAUCUCACCACAGACACUUCGGCUGUGGCUACACGACAGAGCCUGCAGCUGUGCCGCUGUAGCACUGCUAGUGUAGACGCUGUAAGUGGACAGGAGUUAGCGGCAGUAGCUUCUCCUGCCGACAUAGCGCUGUCCACAUCGGCACUUAGGUCAGUGUAACUUACAUCACUCAGGGAGGUGGUUUAUUCAUACCCCUGAGCAACAGAAUUUAUACCAAUGUAAGCUGCGGUGCGUAUAGAACAUCUGUCUUUUUCCACAACAAGAUCUCAUUCAAGUACACCUCUACCCCGAUAUAACGCUGUCCUCGGGAGCCAAAAAAAUCUUACCAUGUUAUAGGUGAAACCGCGUUAUGUCGAACUUGCUUUGAUCCGCCGGAGUGCGCAGCCCCGCCCCGCCCCCAGAGCACUGCUUUACCGUGUUAUAUUCAAAUUUGCGUUAUAUCGGGGUAGAGGUGCAUCUGCCUAAAGGAUCGCUGUGCUGGACCAAAUUCAACCUCAGAAUUCCUGCCAAGGCUCUGACUUCAUCUUACAGCCUUCCUCACCAGCUGCCAAGAACUCAGGGGCCUGUUUUCUUGGUGAGGUGGUUUUACUUUUGUUUGGGAAGGGGGGUUAGAAUCAUAGGACUGGAAGGGACCUUGAGGGGUCAUCUACUGCACACAUGGCAGGACUAAGUAUUAUCUAGACCUUCCCUGGCAGCUGUUUGC